UCACUUGGUCUGUGACUUCUUCAAGUUGAGGGUCAAGUUAGCUUCCUGGUCUGUUUGAUAGGUUUCAUAAAAUAAAUAAACCCAUAUUCAAUCUGGAAAAUGAUACUAAUGAAUGUGAUAUUGUGUUCUAUUGUACUGUUUUUCCCGGUACCAAGUGUUUUGCCUGCAAAAUACCAGCCGAAAUGGAAGAAACAAGCUUGCGAAAUACCUUCUUCACAAACCGAAUACUCCCACUACAUCUGCACCGAUGACGGGGAAGUCAAAUGCCUGCCUGGCUGGAAUGGAGACCUCUGUGACGUCCCCAAGUGUCGAUCGGGCUGCGAUCCCCUCCAAGGGUACUGCAACAGGCCCGGAGAGUGCCUGUGCAAACUGGGGUACUAUGGGGAGAGGUGCAACAAGUGCAUACCGCUGCCGGGGUGCCAGCACGGGUACUGCAAUACGAGUUUCGAGUGUAUUUGUCAGGAGGGCUGGGAUGGGAUAUUUUGCUCUGAACCGACAUGUAGAUCGGAUUGCCAUGCGACACGAGGAUACUGCGAAUCUCCUGGAGAAUGCCUAUGUAGGCUUGGCUGGUCUGGAAGGAAUUGUAAGGAUUGUCAAGUUUUACCAGGAUGCAUUCAUGGGUACUGUGAGAAACCCUUGGAAUGCAAAUGCUAUCCAGGGUACACUGGAAUCCUCUGUCAGACUCCUAUUUGCUCAUCAACGUGUCACAAGGAGAGAGGAUAUUGCAAGAAACCAGGAGAAUGUAGAUGCAAGAUUGGAUGGUGGGGCAAAAAUUGUGAAAAAUGUUUUCCGUAUCCAGGAUGUGUCCAUGGAUCAUGCCGUCGACCUUGGGAAUGCAACUGUAAAAAAGGAUGGGGAGGAAUGCUUUGUGAUGAAGAACUGACCCACUGUGACGAAAAUCCAGAAAUCUGUCAAAAUGGCGCAAAGUGUAUAUCUGUGAUCAAGGACGAGGGUAGUUACAAAUGUUUAUGCAGAGAAGGAACAUCUGGACGAAAUUGUGAACACUCCGAGUAUCACACUGUGAAGCCUAUCGCAGUGAAGCCUAGCGCAGUGAAGCCUAUUCCAGUUACAUCUAUUGCUGAACCUGAGGAGGUUACCAGGAAUUCUACCAUAGACAAAAUCGAAAAGGAAGUUGAAUUUGCGAGUGGAUAUAAUAUAAGCACGAUAACCACUUCUGCUACUACUACUACCACAACGAGUACCACCAAAGUUGGUUCAUUCACUGAAAAUGAGACUUAGUUGAUAUUUCAUUGAACAAAUAACCGAAUGGAUUCCUCAUCGAUUCAACAGUUCUAUCAGGAAACUGUAAUAUACCAAACAUCCAGAAUAAUCGAAGAUCAC